AUGACUGUUCUUAGGCUGGCACCGAUGCGAUUAUAUACACUGUCCAAACGGCAUUUUGUUCUGGUCUUUGUAGUAUUCUUUGUUUGUUUUGGUUUGACAGUCUUCAUAGGAAUAGCAGGUCCUAAUGUAAUUGAAACUUCUGUAGCAAGAACCGACUUAAAUAACAGCCUAAAGCUGAAGCCAUUUAAUUUAAGUUCACCACCACUGUCUACUUACAAUCAGCAGCUGUGGCUGACUUGCAUAGUUGAGUUGGAUCAGCACGAUGUAUCCCUCAAGAAGAAUGUUUCUAUGACAGUCAAAGUACUUGGAGUGGUGAAGGAUGGAAGCACACCAUAUGUUAAUAAUCAAGUUCACAAUCGGAUGAGAUUACUCAGUUGUGCACAAAAAUGCAGUGAAAUCAUUGUUGUUCACCUUGGCUACCUGAACUACACUCAGUACAACAUAUUUGUUAGCUUUGAAGAUCUAAAUAAGUUAACGUACACCAUCCAGAAUAUUACUUUCACAUGGAAGACCUACAAUCCAACUUUUUCACAAGUGGAAAUAUGGUUCCGGUUUGUCUUUGUAGUUCUUACUUUUAUGGUCACGUGUCUGUUUGCACAUUCCUUGCGGAAAUUCUCCAUGAGAGACUGGGGCAUUGAACAGAAAUGGAUGUCCAUCCUCCUUCCCCUUCUGCUACUUUACAACGAUCCAUUUUUCCCCCUUUCUUUUCUGGUGAACAGCUGGUUUCCUGGAAUGCUGGAUGAUCUAUUCCAAUCACUGUUUCUGUGUGCACUAUUGUUGUUCUGGCUUUGUGUCUACCAUGGUAUAAGAGUACAGGGGGAAAGGAAGUGCUUAACUUUCUAUCUGCCCAAAUUCUUUAUUGUUGGACUACUGUGGCUUGCCUCUGUUACAUUGGGAAUAUGGCAAACGUAA